CGCGCGAGCUAGAAGCGCCCCAGCCCGGCAAGCUGGCUCACCCGCUGGCCACCCAGCCCAGCCCGCUGGCCCCUCUCCUGCAGCCCCUCUGGCGGAGCGGCGGCGGCGGCGGCCGGAGGAUGGCAUCAGAACUGGCGAUGAGCAACUCCGACCUGCCCACCAGUCCCCUGGCCAUGGAAUAUGUUAAUGACUUCGAUCUGAUGAAGUUUGAAGUGAAAAAGGAGCCGGUGGAGACCGACCGCAUCAUCAGCCAGUGCGGCCGUCUCAUCGCCGGGGGCUCGCUGUCGUCCACCCCCAUGAGCACGCCGUGCAGCUCGGUGCCCCCGUCCCCCAGCUUCUCGGCGCCCAGCCCGGGCUCGGGCAGCGAGCAGAAGGCGCACCUGGAAGACUACUACUGGAUGACCGGCUACCCGCAGCAGCUCAACCCCGAGGCGCUGGGCUUCAGCCCCGAGGACGCGGUCGAGGCGCUCAUCAGCAGCAGCCACCAGCUCCAGGGCGGCUUCGAUGGCUACGCGCGCGGGGCGCCGCCGCUGGGCUCGGCGGCCGGGGCCGGCGCGGGCGCGCCCCUGGGCGGCGGCGGCGAGGAGAUGGGCCCCGCCGCCGCCGUGGUGUCCGCCGUGAUCGCCGCGGCCGCCGCGCAGAGCGGCGCGGGCCCGCACUACCACCACCACCACCACCACCACGCCGCCGGCCACCACCACCACCCGACGGCCGGGGCGCCCGGGGCCGCGGGCGGCGCGGCGGCGGCGGCCGGGGGCGCGGGGGGCGCGGGCGGCGGCGGCCCGGCCAGCGCCGGGGGCGGCGGCGGCGGCGGCGGCGGCGGCGGCGGCGGCGGGGGCGCGGCGGGGGCGGGGGGCGCCCUGCACCCCCACCACGCCGCGGGCGGCCUGCACUUCGACGACCGCUUCUCCGACGAGCAGCUGGUGACCAUGUCGGUGCGCGAGCUGAACCGGCAGCUGCGCGGGGUCAGCAAGGAGGAGGUGAUCCGGCUGAAGCAGAAGAGGCGGACCCUGAAAAACCGCGGCUAUGCCCAGUCCUGCCGCUUCAAGAGGGUGCAGCAGAGACACGUCCUGGAGUCGGAGAAGAACCAGCUGCUGCAGCAGGUCGACCACCUCAAGCAGGAGAUCUCCAGGCUGGUGCGCGAGCGGGACGCCUACAAGGAGAAGUACGAGAAGCUGGUGAGCAGCGGCUUCCGAGAAAACGGCUCCAGCAGCGACAACCCGUCCUCGCCCGAGUUUUUCAUAACUGAGCCCACUCGCAAGCUGGAGCCAUCAGUGGGAUGUGCCACAUUUUGGAAGCCCCAUCAACGUGUCCUUACCAGUGUAUUCACAAAUUGACAUUUAUGUGUGAACUGUACAUUAAAAAUAUAUUAUUAUAACUAUUAUUUACAGUCAUGGAUCACAACCUGCCUCUGACUUCUGUUUAGUCUCCUUUUGAAAGAAAAAUGAUUGUGUUAGGGAAGAAGUCUAUUCCAUGUGUAACCUCCAUACUGAUUAGGUCGCCUCUUGUCGGAGGGGGGGUCGAUACAGACCCACAGAAAGCUCACCUUAGCUACUCAGCUUACAGGACGCAGAACGGACAGGACUGACUGUUUCUAACAAUCUGUAAUAGUGAACGUGCAAUCUUAGUUUCCAAAUUCCAUGGAAACUUAAAAGAUAUGUGUGUGCGUUUGUGCGUGCGUGCAUGUAAAUGUAUGGACGUAUAUAUGCACAUACACAAUCAUAGGGAGGGGAGCUCCGGGAAAGUGACCGCUGGCAUUUUUAAAGCCUCUGUAGACAUGCACACUCUGAAUAGUCCUUUUACUCGUCGUCAUUUCUCUGGCAGUAAUUUUACUAAGAAAAAAAUACUAAGAAAAAAAAUGGACUCCCCCCUUCCCCAAGCAGUUACUGUGGGCAGCAGCUUUCAUCGGAGCCGGGCGCUAGGUCCUGGCUCUGUGAUGUUAAUUCAUACUCAUUUCUCAGACAUCGUUGUAAAUGCAAACAGUGCGUCGUCACAAAAUGCAAAGUUACACACCUUCCCUGUGUUGCUUCCCCUCCCCUUGCUUCCCCGGAUUCACAAAACCCCUUUAACUCCCCAGCUGCUGCUUGCACAUUUCUUUUUUCAAAACCCGUGUGGUAAUAUUUUUUUUACAACGUGUCUGAUACAUUAAUAAAUUGACAUCAAAUAGGUAGACAUUCUACUUCCUGAUCUCAGGGAGGAAAUGGUGUGUGUAGGUAUCAUAGUUAUCUGCCUCAAUGUUAUAACCACCUGGGUCCUCUUUGCACACAGGCCGCCCCAGGGGGAAAUACUCUAUUUAUUACUGAAAGCCUGAUUCUAGCGCUGAUAUUUUUCUCCCUUAUAUCUUUACCUCCGUACUUAGCGGCAUCAAUUCUAGAUCUGUUCUUAAAUAGGACCUCCCAUCCCCAAACCACCAGCUUUAAAGCUACAAGCAGUGAACAGAGGGCAAGUGGUUGCCAUCCUCAAAAACCGGUGGGGCCCAAUGUCUCAGCAUCCCCAACUCACAGCAUCUCCUUGUCUUAAUCCCUGAAGUUGCUUCUCACACAUUCAGGGUACAGGACCCUGGGAGGCUUUUGUCGUUGUGACUGUUUUUGUUUAGGCGGUUUACUUCCGUGUUCACACUGUCUUGGCUUUAUAAAGUGUAACUCCCCCUGCAUACUCGGCCAAUCAAUAUAUUUAAAAGUCUGCCUGCCACACAGGUAGCUCUGUUUGGCCUGUCAGUAGUUACAGACGGCAAUAGGUUGGGUGACUAAAAUAUAGGAGUGACACAGCCUUCUGAUCUCCGUGCCAGUAAAACACGCAGCCCAGCUCAUGUCAGCGUGCAGUGGGAGGGAAUAGGAAGCCAGACUCAUCAGCUUCAGGGCGCUGAUUUGCAAAGCUCCCCACUGUGAUGUACUUUCAUUUGAUUAAAAAAAAAAAGUAAUAACUUAGUCCCUUUCUUUGAAAAGUGUCUUUUAUUUUUUAAGAGAAACUUUCUCUAUAGUAAUAGGCUAUGAUUUUUUUUUUUUUUUUUAACCACUUCGGAUUGUUCCUUGUGUUGAAUGAAUAAUGUGCCUGACCUGUUUUGAGGAAAAUAAGAAAAAAAACCCAAAGUUUGUUCUCACUCUUGGCCCAUCCUAAAUCUAAAAGAUAACCCAAGUCCAAGGCAGGGCUUUCAGUCACUACUAGGGAGGAGACCCAGGGUUCAGCCAUCUGAAUCAGAAUUUGUUUGUAUUUGCAUUUGUCUGAAAACAAAUGCCAGAAUCUGUUUGUGUCUUAAACCACCUCUGGUAGCACUGCUAUUUCUCAUUUUUUGAUACAAAUCUUCAAAACCUUAACAUCAGACAGCCCCAGAAAAGGGGACCUCUCUCCAAACAUUGUUCCACCCCAGCUCCUCAACAAACCCAGCUCUGUGUAGCGUUUUUUUCUAGCGGGGGUAGGGGACAGGGUGAGAGAAGUUCAGUCUUCCAGGCAGUCUCAUGAUUAUCAGGGCAUAAAGGAGUACAGUCCAGCCACAAUGUGGGAACAUCCUCUACCCUUCAGAGGGGGACAAAACAAAAAACAAAGAAAAUCAAAUUGCUCUGCACGAAGGCGUAGCAAAACCCCUGGCCCCCAGUUCCUGCACCAUCUGUGGGAGGUGAGAAACGAGGGACACUGGAGAGAGCCCUGAGGAGGCCCUCCAGGCUAGCGAUAGUCCUGGUGGCUGGCCUGGAUUUCACUCGCUCACUGGCUGAAGUCAGAGCCCUCACAUAGGCCAGGUGCGAACGAGGUUCAUGGUCCCUUUCUUUCCAAUACGCCCGAGUGUCUUUCCUUUUUGAAAAAAAAAUUUGAGAGAGCAAACCCCAAGAGAGAGAUCUGGGGAAAUUGUUAAUGUCUUAACUUUGGGGGCACUUGUGAAUAUGUCACUCUGAUUUUACGGGUGAUGACAUCUUGGCCCUGUCACCCAUGUUAUGCCACUAUUUAUGUGAUCACCACAAUAGGUUUGCGGCAUCAUGACAAUUUUCAUUGUUUAAAUUCGAAAGCCUUUGUCUGUGUGUUUUCCAUAAGUUUGCCCAAUAUAACAAGGCGGAGAGAAAAGGAACGCAGGAGCAGCAUACAGAAAGCAGGUCUUGAUGUGAAUCUGUGUCCAAGUUUGAGCAGUUUUAAGAAACUCACAGAGCACAUUUUCCACCGAGAGGCUGUGAUUGGAAUGCAGGGCUCUCACCCAAAUCAUGAUCAUUUUCUGAGCACCUCCUGCCUUAUUCAGCAACAUUCAUCUUCUUUUCCUUUCUUUUUGUUAAGUAACAUACCCCUCUAUCAUUUUUGGAUUUCAAAAUUACAUUCCUCCCUUCUCCACAGAUUCUGGGAUUUUUACUUACGAUUAUCAGAAGGGGGUGUUAAUUCAAGAGAGGAGGGUGAGGGAGGGGUGUCUGCCGAGGUUUGGGAAGAGGAGAGUGGGGAAAGGAAAUGGCUGCAUGUUCAACCCACACCCCUCUGCUGCCGCCAGCCUGGCCUGGGUGUGAGCGGCACGCUGGGGAUUUGGGCUGAGUUUCCCUGUUCUGAGGAUUCUGAUCACCAACCUGUGUGUUUCCAAGCUAGGAUUGCAAAGAACAGUUUUUCUUUGUGGGUGGAUCUUUCAGUUAGGGAGAAGGAGAGGCCACGAAGCCUUACAGAGCUGAGUAGGAAGGAGUGAAAACAGCUCUCCAGAGGAGAGAAUCCUCAACAAGGACAGUUAUGAAGGGAACCCUGGGCUGAAAAAUUCCACCAGCCGUAUGGAUUUCUAUUUUGGCAGCCAAAAUUUGCUCUGGUUUUACGUGACCUCAUUCACUUCUGAAAGUGGGUUUCUGGCCUCCUUUUGGGGAGGGGGCUGUUUCUCCAGAAGAAAAGCAGGCCCAAGGAUCCCGGGAUAAUGAGAGUGAUAAACUGCACCCAGAGAAGCAGAGAACAGGAACCGGAUGCUAGGAUUACUGACAGAAGCCAACCUUGGCCUCGUAGUCAGGGGCAGCUCCAGGCUGUUUCCAGUGCCACUGCCUCCCACCAGAAAUGAUCCAUGUGCAGAGUGACUUUCAAGCCACCAACAGCCCCCAAGAUCCUGUGGUUCCUAAAAAUAAUAUGAUGUCUUAGCUCCAGGCCUUCAGGCUCUGUCAGAGUGGACCCCUAUCUCGUCCCAGUGUCCUCUCCAUAAUUUUCAGCUCCUCUUUCUCCCAUACAGGGUCACCCUGGGACAUCAGAGAAACUCAGAGAUCAUUGCCCUCUGGCUAGAAGACAGUCACCGAAGUUCAGGCUUUGGAACCGAUAAGUCACUUCUGCCCCAGUUUAAGUGUAGACAAAAACAGGGAUGGGAAGAGGGGAUGAGGAGGUGCUUCCACAAUAUUCUAAGGCUGACUGGAGCAUCUGCUGCCAAGAGUCUCACAGCCUGGAUAAAGGAGGUGCAUGUAGGCAGGAUGCUAAGGUCCCCCCCUUGCCCAGUUUCCAUGCACUCCCCAGCCCACCCCUGUCUGUAUGUACAUUUGCUUUUCGGGGCCCAUCACUGCCCCUUUGGGCCUGGUGGCUGGGAUGAGGCUGCCAGGUGUGCUUUUACCCCAGGGGUCCCGGGCCUGGCUGUAGCAGCUGCCUCAGGCCACCGGAAAGUCCCUAUAAUCCCUGCCUGUGGUGCCAGGCCAAAGCUCGGCCCUACCUUCUUGUCACAGAAAAUCUGUCAUUUGGUUCUUCUUUGAGAAGCCUCAGAAGCUGCCUGGCACCCGAGCGUGCUCACUGCUGCUAUAUCCAGCACACUGGGGGCUCUACAUCCACCAGGUGCCCCAGCCCCUGCAGGGGACUCGGACUCGUAUUUGUAUGGGAAUUUGCUUGCUGUUUUCCAAGAAGAUGACCCCGACCAGAGUGGAUUUCCCGGGGACAAGGAAACUGACUACCUGCUGUGCUCUGCCCCCAGGUACCCAAGGGAAUCCUCUACAUCAGUGAUGUGAAAAAUCCUGUUGCCUGAAGUCAAAGAGAAAAUACGAAGCUGGCAUGCUUAUUGCGUGAGGCAGCUCGGCCCACAGACAGCCACAAAGCACAAGAACAAAACACACUCAGAGAAGAAACAAGAAUGGUGUUUUCCUGGCGUCGACAAGAAGCGCUUUAUUUUUCCUCUAGAUUUCUUUUCUAAAAAAAAAAAAAAAACACACACACACAAAAAACAAAAAAACCAAAACUGAAAGAAACAAUACAGACUUCAGGUGACAAUACUCAAGCAUGUUCUUUUAUUAAGCAUAGGAUGGGCGGAUAAGAGGAAGGUUAAGCAGGACGCUGAAGCGGGCCUGAGAGGCUGUGAGCUAGUGUCGGGAUGCUUCUAGAAACUGCGUUGAAGAACGAGGGAAUGACUUUUUGUGCCCCUCCCCCAAAAGAUCCUGCAUAUUCUUAAGGACGCAACGCUUCCUUUCCCAGCUGGCAAGGUAUCUAGGGAAUGAUUUGCAAAAUGUGUUUGUUAUAAUCUCUAAAGAAUUUUUUGUAUAGCUCUGGCAAGGGAGUCGAUGGACCCGUAUAUUUGUGACCCCACUACCUCUGUCUGUCCCACCUGUUGCCAAGUGCCACCUCCAAGGCCCAGAGAGUUCUCCCAGGUGGGUUUCAAGCCCUCUCAGACUUGGUGAGGAUGAAUGAAAUAGUGAUCUCUUAGAUCCACGUAGCAAAGAAGGACGAACACUUGGUUUUUUGGCCCUAAACUGCAGAGAGCCAGCUCCUGGCUGUGGAGAGGCUGUGGGGCGGUGGGGUGGUGACUGAGUGGGACGGGGGACACUACUAUCCUAAAAGCAAGGAUGGAGAAUCAUUUGUGCUUCUGCAGGGAGACAAGGAACCCACAGACCAACUACAACUUCACUGUCCACUGGCCACACCAUAGAAGCCAAGAGACCCAAGCCUAAACCGCCCCCAGAAAAGAGAUUGUCCCGUCACGCCUGCAUUUCCCACGUUCCCCUGCUACCUAACUUUUUUCAGGCUGUUGCGACUACUCUAUUUCCUCUACUCUGGCAAAUGGGUGUGGAGGGACACGGACCCCCUCAGGAAGCAGGUUGGAAGGGGUCUAGCAUUGGCAGUUAUGCCCGUGUGCACUCGGGGUGGGGGUGUGCCCACCUCCCUUUGCCCCAGCCGCCCCUUAGCUGGCCUGGCUGCCUAGUCCCUCUUGGACCAGCCUCUCGCUGAGCGCCCACAGGGCCCGGGCAGUGUCUUCACUCUGAGCUUCAGUUGAAGGGUUGCAGCGGCAGCAGUUGUUGAAAUACAUGCCUCCCAGGCCCUCGAGUUCCGGAGCGGCAGCGCAGUAGACCGUGGUGGCGGCUCCCUGUUGCUGGAAUCAGAAAAGAAAGCAAAGAGACCGUGAGGGGACGCGCUUCUGAUAUCUGGGGGUGGGCGCCCCUCUCCCCACCCAGCUCAGGGAUAGCUGGACCUCCGCACCUCGAAGGGGGCUGGGCCCAGAGCUCCAGACUGUAACAGGGAGGACGCAACCAUUCUGGAACAAUGAAUUCAUAAACUCUGCUCAUAAACCUGGUGUGACUCGUUACAUCGCAUAGAGGAAAAGGUUUCGAGAAUAAACACGCUCGUCAAUAAAUCACGGCAGCUGUCACUUCCCAGCAGGGAGAAAAAGAUGGUAUCGUUUCAAAAACACAAAAACAAAUUCAUCCAAAACCCUUGACUUCUCAGUGCAUCACGUCAUUUGAUUCCAAAAUGUUUCUAGAACUUUGUGUCUGAAUUAAACUGACUGUUCUGGCAAUGGCCCAUGGGACAGAAAGCCCAAGUACGACUGGUGGCCACAUUUCCUUGAUGCUUUGGCCGAGGUGCUGCUGGGAGAAGGACUCGCAGCACACACACAAACACACACGCACACACACACACACACACCUGCCACAUACAUGACUCAUGCGGGCACAUGGCCCAGUUAUGAAUUCAUCCCAACCCUGCAAAAACCUUUCCCUCAUUGUCAUAUUCGUCCUGUAUUUGCAGUGGGGCUGUGGCUAUGGGGAGACAUUGGCUCCCCGUUUGUUUCAAAAUGCGCGUUGCACCAGUGCAAUUGCUCACUUACAAUUCACCUUUGGAGGAGCACCGGGUGCUGCGGCGAGGGCUGUGUGUGCGGAGGGACAGUCAGGGGUGCUGUAAAGACGGCGAGAAGUCACUCUGCAAUUACUAAUUAAAGGGAAUAGGCUGGUGUUCGCAGGGAGACAGGGUAGGCAAGGCUCUAAUUUAAAACCCAUGCCGUUGCCCUGGCCUCUUACGGUUGUUUACGUGCAUCACAGCCCGGGCAGCUGCAACUCAUUCCCGCCGAUUGGGAGGGGCGGGCGUGCAAGGGGCCGGAAAAGGAAGUCCCGCAAGAUGGGGGCUCUGGCCAAGGCCCUGUCUCGCCCUCCGUGUGGCCUCACUAGGCUGGAGCAGAGCAAAGUCAACUCCCCCUGAAGGAAAAGCGGAGAACCUCAGUGCAGGGGCAUGAGGAGCCGCCGUCCUGCGGAAAGGGGUAGGAAAAAGCUUAAGCGAACUGUUUAUAGCGGCCCUGCGCAGCAGCACCCAGCAGAGGGAUGGGCGGCUGCUGUGCAGCCCCCACCCCCACCCCGUGUCUCCCACGAGUGUUGAUUUGUUGAGUCAGGGUGCAGUAUCAGGGGGUCCUGAGAGUCCGGGCACUCCACUGCAUAAGGGGGUGCUUAGCCCAGUUGCCCUGGAGGGAGCACGGAGCGUGCGCUGCUGGAGAGCUGCAGGGGCGCCAGCAGGUGAGGAGGCCUGGCUGGAACCCGAGGCCCAAGAUGGAGGAGCUGGAGCUGUGAGGCUGGAGGUGGGUGGGGUCACUGGAAACCCUUUGCACAGACCAUAGUUUAAGCAGCUCUCAACAAUAGGCGCAGACUCCGGAGCAGGCUCUGUGUUGCCAAGAUAACAAGCAGGGCCUCUGACCCCAUUUUACUCCUCUCUGCCCCGAGCUGCCGCUACUGCUCAGAACAGCCUGGAAUGGGAGACAGAGAAUGAGACUCUAAGAGACCAAGAUGGCGGAGCUGGCCUGUAGGAGGGCGUCCCUGUGGCUCCCCACCCUCCAGCCCUGGGAAGAGGUAAUGGGUGAGGUGGCCGUGGGGAAAGGGAAGGAUGUCUGAGCAGGAAAUGUGUUGGCGCCCCCUCCCAAAGCUCCCCAUUUUUCUGUCCCUAAAGGCUUUAAACUUCAUCCAAGCAGAGUAUGUAGUGGAGACCCGGCCCCCCCAGGUUUAGCGACUCUCGUGGCAUCUAGAACCAUUGGGGACCAAAGUUCUUCUGAGAAUCAGCAUCUCAAGGUCUAGUCUCCCUUGAGGAAAGUUCUGUGAAACAGACUUGGGGAUUGUUCAUUUGUUUGCAGGCGUGUCCGCGUUGGGGUCGGCAGUCAUGUUUGAGUCUGUGUGAAACCCGAAUGGUCAACUUUGUCAGGCGAAAUGUUGGGGGGCGGUUGGGGGAGGCUGUGGACAGAGACUCGGGUUCUGAUCAUAAUGGGCGGCUUGACUGUAUGGACAUCUCCCCUCAGUCCAGAACUUCAACUUAAUUCAAUAGUAGUUGGUUUGUUACCGCCCCCCUCAAACCCCCAUGGCACCCACUCCACGCAUAGUUAUUUUCUUGGACUCAGUUGUUGCUUUUCUAAUUGACCCGUGUGGUUUCCAGUUUAAUGGAAACACGUUCGUGUCGUCCAGAUUUCCGUUCUGUUGUUAUCCCUAAUAACCCUUAGCUUAGCACCCGGCGCAUUCAUCUGAAGAAUUCUGAGGAGUUUAUCUGCUUCCUCUACCUCCCAUGUGGGGAAGAGGGAAGCAGAGGGCCUCUAAAUUCAGAUGCUCAUCCACUAACUCAAGUCAAAUAUCAUCUCGGCCUCCAGAUGUAGCUUGAGUUCAUGCACGAUGGUUUGUAUCACUUCCUGGAGAUGUCUGGGAGUUCCAUUUUACUUAAAAAAAAAAUUAUUGUUAUUGAUAUAUUUGUUCACAACACUGUCUGUGAUUGAGAGGAACAGACCACACCCCCCACGAAGCACCCGUGGUCCUCACCAUCACCUGCUGGGUCUGUGCCCACCCUACUCUCCGCCACCCCCUCUGGUAGCCUCGGCUCUGCAGUCAGAUUUCUAGGGUUUGUUUUUGUCUAAGCUUUUGUUUCUCUGUAUUGCACGUGUGAGUGACAUCAUCUGGUAUGGCUGCUUCUUUCUGGCUUAUUUCCCGUCGCAUGAUCUCACAUCUUUUUGUUUGUCUUAGCAAGGCGGUCUUCCAUUACAUGCGUAUUCCACAUCAUCUUGCUCCACUCAUCUGACCUGGGCUCUUGGGUUGUUUCCCUAGCCCAGUUCCUGUAAAUAGCGCUGCAGGGAACCCAGAAGUACCUAUUUCCCUUCAAAUAAGUGUUGUGUUUUUCUCCACAGCCUCAGCAACACUUGGCUUUGGAUUUUUUUGGUCUUUUUGAUACGGGCCUUUUUUUUUUCCUUUCCAAAUGCUUUUUUUCCCCUGUUCCAAAUGUUUAUUGAGGUCAGGUAGGUUUGCAUUAUUGUACCUGGGGGUACAAACCUCUCCAAAUGUCUACACCCACACCCUGCCUAUCACCUGUGCCCCAACCAUCCUCCACCUUCUUCUGUUGGGCUGCCACCCACCCGCUCUGGUUGCCUCAGUUUUGCAGUCAGAUGUUAAAAGUUCAUUUUUGGUUUGAUUUUGACGACCCUUUGUUCUGUUACUCCAGCUUCAACAUCUGAGACCAUUCUGUAUUUGUCUUUCUCAUUAUUUACUUAGUUUAGGAUUAUCCUCUCCAGUUCUAUCCAUGUUGUCCCAUAUGGCAGGAGUUCAUCCUUUUUCACAGCUGAGUAGUAUUCCAUGCAAAUAUAGACUCCAUGUUUCUGAUCUGCUCCUCCAUCCUUGGGCACUUAGGCUGUUUCCUUAUGGGCUAUUCUUACCGGUGUGUGAUGGUAUCUCAUUGUGGUUUUGAUCCACUUUUGAUUUGAUAACUGCUGAUUAGUAUUUUUUCUUGUGCAUGUUGGCCAUUUGUAUGUCUUCUUUGGAUGUCUGUUUUGCUCUUCUGCCCAUUAAUUUUAUUGGUGGUUGUUGCAUUGUAUAUGUUUUUUGUAAAUCUCAGCUAUUAGCCCAUUAGCAGAUGUACAAUGUGCAGAUACUUCCCCCUUUCAGCAGUUGUCUUUUCACUUUAAUGGUAGUUUCUUUUGUUGUGCAGAAGCUUUUUAACUUUAUGUGGUCCUUCUUGGUUUUGCUUUUAUUUCCCUUGCUGUUUGAGUCAGCUCCCCAAAGAUAGGGACACCAAUGUUGUGGAGUGUUUUGCCUGUUUUCUUCUUUGUAGUUUAUGUUUCUGGUCUUACAUCCAAAUCUCAUCUACUUUGAGUUAAUUUUUUUUUUUUUUUUUGUAUAUAGUAGUGGUCUAGCUUCAUUCUUUUGCACGUGGCUGUCCAAUUUCCGAACACUAUUUCUCAAAGAGACUUUCUCCACUGUACACUCUUGGCCCCUUUGUCAUAGCUUAAGUGUCCAUAAAAGUGUGGAUUUAUUCCUGGGCUCCUGAAUUCUAUUCCAUUGGUCUGUCUGUUUUUGUUCUAAUCUCAUAUUCUUUUAAUCAUUAUAGCUUUGUAUUAUAGUUUGAAAUUUGGGAGUAAGAUACCUCCAUUUCUUUUUUGUCAAGAUUGUUUCAGUUAUCGGGGUUUUUGCUGUUAUAUAUAAAUUUCAGUGAUAUUUGUUUAAUGUCUUUAAAGAAUGCAGUUGAAAUUUGAUAGGAAUUGCAUUGAAUCUGUAUAUUGCCUUGAGUAAGGUGGUUGCUUUAGCAAUGUUAAUUCUUCUAACCCAUGAGCAGGGGAUGCCUUUCAUUUCCUUUGUUAAGUUUCUUCCUAGGUGUUUCUUUUUGAUGCAGUAGUAAAUAGAAUUGUUUUCUUCCUUUCAUUCUCUUGUUUGUUCUUUGCAUAUGGAGCACAAUCUAUUUUUUGACUUGAUUUUGUAACCUGCCAAUGUACUGUUGUUUUUUUUUUUUUUUCUUCUAGUUUUUCAGUGGAUUUUUAGGGUUUUCUAUGUUUGUUACAUUCAUAUACAUAUAGUUAUAUUUCAUAUACAUAUAUUCAUAUACCUAUAGUCAUACUUCUUCCCCAAUUUGGAUUCCUUUUAUGUCUUUCUGUUGCCUGAUUGCUGUAGCUAGGUUGUGCAAUUCUAUGUUGAAAAAUAGUGGUGAAAGUGUGGACAUCCUGUCUUACACCUGAUCUUUGAAGAAAAGUUUUCAGUUUUUUACCAUGGAGUAUGCUGUUAGCUGUGGGUUUGUCAUGGAUGACCUUCAUUCUGCUGAGGUAUGUUCAUAGUACUCCAUUUUUUGAGGCUUUUUGUCAUAAAUAGACAUUGAGUCUUACCAAAUGUUUUUUCUGUAACUCCUGAGAUAAUUAUAUGGGUCUUAUCUUUCCUUUUGUGGAUAUAUGAAUUACACUGAUCAGUUUUCAGAUGUUGGGGCAUCCUGGCAUCCUUGGAAUAAGUCCCCCUUGGUCAUGAUAUGUAAUCCUUUUAAUGUAUUGUGGAAAUAGCUUUGCUAAGAUUUUGUUGAGAAUUAUGCGUCCAUGUUCAUCAAGGAUAUUGGUCUGUAACUUUCUUUUUUUUAUGCUAUCCUUGUCUACUUUUGGUAUCAGAGUGCUAUUGGCCUCAUAAAAGGUGUUUGGGAACCUCUUUCUUCCUCAGUUUUUUGCAAGCGUUUAGAAGGAUAGGUCCUAGUUCAUCUUUGAAGGUUUGGUAAGACUCACUAGUGGAAUAGAUGUUUGUUAUCAACUCCCAAGAGGUGAGAGAACCCAGUCAGCUCAUCCCCAUAUCCAGGCUUGCCCCACCCCUACCGCAGAGUGUUUCUGUUGCCAGUGUUCACACAACAGAACAAACUGGUCUUUCUCUGGGUCACCUGUCUGGUUCACCGUCAAAGCAGGCCAUGUAGGGCACUUGGCAAAGCAAAAAGUGAGAUUCGUACAAACCCUAUGUGUCAUUUUGCUACUCAGACCUUCUAAAAGGAUGUCCCCUUGCACUCCUGCAUUGCUGGAAUGGUAUGUUUGCAUAGAAAUUUUGCACUUACAUUGAUUCAGAAUGGAGUUGAUGAGGAAGGUGGGGUCAUGUGUUUUGCCUCCUUGGAAUAUGAAAGCAACCGUGAUUGACCGCAUUUCAUGUGAAACUACAUUUAGCUACUAUCCAGAGAACCAUGAUCAAGAACUGGCUUCGGUUCCUGUGCUUCUAGGCUUGGGGAAAGGGGGUGAUACGCAGCCUUAGUCCUAUCACAUGUGGUGGCUCAAGUCUGUGGAGCCUUCCCUUGGGAAAACACGGGACCACAGGGGCCGGAGCAGAGACCUGCUUCUCUACUUGCUUCAUAUCAGCCGUCCACAUUGGGCCAAUUCUGCCUCUCUGAUCCCCACUCCAGCAUGGCGCUUGCCUCCCUUUCCCCUCUGGAGAACCAAGGGUGACAUCUUUUUGUCCCAAACCCGCUACCCUUUUGGUUUCUCAGGGAACUCUCUUCUGGUACCAGUGGCUGCCUCGGAGUGAAAUGUUUGUAUGAUCAGAUGUGACGACAGUUUCAUAACAAGUCCUUGUUCUUGGCUCAUCAGCUUUUUGGGUCUGCCUAUCAUCAGAAGAACACUGAGCCACGUUAGGGAAAUCUCAUUAAGUAAAUAAGCCAUUACUGCUGAGACAAGAUAAAACAUUUUAAACUGAUACAGAAGAGAAACAACUUUAAAAGAGCCCUUUAAUCACCGUCAGAUGGCUUUCUUGCCACUUUCUGGGGGCAACAGUACAUCACUGGAAAAGAUGAAAGAAGGAAAUAAUCUUAGCAAUUCCCUUGCAGAAUAGCUGCAGCCAUGCCUUACUGGUUGCCACCACUGCUUCCUGAUCCAUCAUGAUCAGAUAAUAGCAAUACCUUGACAUCUAAACACUGGCUGGAGCUGUGGGUUCCCCUAAAUGAUUUUUAAAGAUCAAUUUAUCAGAAGGCAUUAGGUUGCGUGCAGUUGCUCGCCGUGGUCACUGGGGUGUUACGUCUCCAUCCCACAGUGAUGGCCAUGAGCACAUUCAUGGAUGACACCAGGCUGAGGGUUUCUGGAAUCUUUCAUCCUGCCUGAGAGCCAUUUCCGAUCUAGUCAAACAUUUGUGAGCUGUCAGAGGGGAACCGUGCCAUCAAUCUGUAUGGUGUAUGUAUAUUACCCAGGAUUCUUGUUUGGGAUUCAGUUAAGACUAUCUGGGUGAUAAGGGUUCAUCAUUCUCUUGCAGAAAGCAUUUGUCAGAUUUUCGGCACAAUCUUCAGCUACAGAAAGGUGGGCUUUGGAAGGCAGCUGCUGUGUAUUUAUACUGGAGGCCCUGAGAUCUAAAUUACCCAUCCCUCCACAACCCUUUGUUGGGAUGAAAAUGUUAAGUAGCCGCGUCUCAUCAACAUUUAUUUGAUAACUGCCAGCCGUCGAUUUGUGGCUGUCAGUGCAGAAUACAAAUGAAUAUUGACUCUUUAAAAAAAGAGAAAAAGGUACAGAGGUUUCUGAUCAACAAUAUAGGCUAAAGAAAAUAACCAGCCGCAUGUGGAUACUGGUCCUGCAUGGGUUCUUUCCUUUGUAAUAAGCACAUGUUACACAACGUACACUGAGUUUUCAGGUUUCCCUGUUUUAUAUUGCAUGUUGACUUAAAGAAUAGAUCCCUGUUUUAAGUAAUUUCAUGAUGAGUCAUCCAAAAUAGACACACUACCACGGAAUAUUCACAGUCAGUGGUUUUGAGAGUCGUAGAUGUUCCAAGAUUGCUUGACGCCUGACGGGCAGCUGCCAGGAUGGGCCCAAGGCUAAAUCAGUCCAUUUAUGCGGAAAGAAGAGCGAGUUCGGGAAGGCGUCCUGGACUUGAGACGGGGCAUACGGCCCCAAGGGCAGCGGGGAGAACACACCUUUCAGAAGUGGGCGGUGAUUCCCAAGCUGAGUGCCAGGAACUUAAUGGUGAGAACAGAGCUGGGGGGCAGGAAGGCAAGUCAGGUGCCCCUUCAAACCCGCGAAGCUUCUCCAGUCCUCUGGAGGCGGGUGGGCACAGCAGAUGCUCCCCGGGUGCAGGAGCAGCGACCCCCGGGGGGUAGCUCUGAACUCGGCAGCAGGGGAAUCUGUCACCGAGCCUGGUGGACGGAGGGGCAGGCUCUGCUGCCACGGGACGCACAGCUGUGGGAUGCACGGCUGCCUCCACACCCCCUGUCUCCCAGAAACAUCCUCAGAAGAUUGUUUCUUGCCAUUUCUCCAGAGAAGUGCAACUCGCUGUUUCGGAGUUCAGCUCCCACACCUGGGUGCUGGGGACCCUUCCGUUCCUCCACAACAAUGACCAUUUGCGUCUCUGAUUUUGGCAAACGGGAGCAAAGACCUGUCCCUACAUCCGGGAACGCCCUGGAAGGGGAACACAGUGCCACACACUCCACUAGUUAGACUCACACACCUGCUGCAGGUCCCCCCCAGGAGCGUGAGCGCAGCGAGCAGUCACCCUGGGCUCCGCUGCGAGGCCCGCGUAACCGCUGACGGGCAGGAUCGUGCUGGGCGGCCGAGACGCGCACCGGGCUGGGGGACAGGGGACAAGAGAGCGGAGGGCUCGGCACCCCCAAACCGUCAUGCUUCCCUAGGAGUCGUCGCUAACUGGGCCUUUUCCAGUGGCGCCCGCGGCUGGUUCGUACUGAGAGCUAGUCACUGGCCGGGCUCUGGGUGAGCCGGGGGCUCGGCCCCUCACCCCGUUCCGCAGAGGCGGCUGUGCCCGGGGCAGGAGGGCGGUGAACACAAGCAGCGAGCGCACAACCGCACGGAUGGGCCCGCUGGGCCCGCAGCUCUGGAAACCGCCUUCCCAGAUAUGCCACACGACGCUUGCUCGCCGCCCCGGCUCCUGCCCCCUUAUUCCCGCCGGGCCGAAGCCUCCUUCCCAGGCGUCUCCGCCGCCUUCUCGCCAGGC